ACAGUUUCUGCUUCCAAAUGAGAAUAUACAUUUUUCUGUGCUUGAUAUGCUGGGCAAGAUUUGGGUAUUUAAAUUUUCAACCGAUUACCAGUCGAGAUUCUAAAGAUCCUGAGAAUAAUAGAACAUGUCUUGAAUUCACAAAGUUAAGUGCAAUGAAUGCCUUAAAAGAUUUAUUUUGUCCCAAAGUAAAGAUAAAGCUGCUGAUGUACUCAAGGGGCAAUGCCAAGUGUGCAGAACCACUCUUUGAAUCUAAUAACUCACUCAACACCCGUUUCAACCCAUUGAAGAAAACCGUCUGGAUUAUUCAUGGGUACAGGCCCUUUGGUUCCACCCCAGUGUGGAUGCAUAGGCUUACUAAGGCCUUUUUGAAACAGGAAGAUGUGAAUAUCAUUGUUGUAGACUGGAACCAGGGUGCUACGACAUUCAUUUAUUCUAGAGCGGUUAAAAAUACCAGAAGAGUUGCUGAGAUUUUGAGAGAAACCAUUGAAAAUCUUUUGAUCCAUGGGGCAUCACUUGACAAUUUUCAUUUCAUUGGCAUGAGCUUAGGGGCUCAUAUUAGUGGAUUUGUAGGAAAGAUAUUUCAUGGUCAACUUGGAAGAAUUACAGGUCUUGACCCAGCUGGACCACAAUUUGCUGGAAAGCCAUCGAAUAGCAGAUUAUAUUACACGGAUGCCAAGUUUGUAGAUGUCAUUCACUCUGAUAUCAAAAGUUUGGGUAUUGGAGAGCCAUCAGGACACAUUGAUUUUUAUCCAAAUGGAGGAAAAAAUCAGCCAGGUUGUCCUACAUCAAUUUUUUCAGGCACAAAUUUCAUUAAAUGUGACCAUCAGAGAGCCAUUUACUUGUUCCUCGCAGCUUUUGAAACAAGCUGCAACUUUGUUUCAUUUCCUUGUCGUUCCUAUAAAGAUUACCAGAAUGGUUUGUGUGUAGACUGUGGGAACCUUUACAAAGACUCCUGCCCAAGACUUGGUAAUCAAGCUAAAUUAUGGAAAGAAGAGUUGAAGAAAAAAACAGAAGAAUGGCCUCUUAGGACCACUGCAUUUUUGGAUACUAGUAGCCAAAAUCCAUUCUGUAGUAAGAAGAGCAAGCCAUUUGACAAUCUUCAAGAAGUCAAGAUUCUUGCUCAGUUCGUAAAUGAUAUUGUGAACAUCUCACGCCUUAGCAUGACGUACUUUCAGUCCACAAGUCCUUACUGUGCCAGUUGCCAGUACAAAAUACAGAGCCUUUUGUUAAAAUCACUCACGUAUCCAGAAAGACCACCAAUUUGUAAGUAUAAUUUUAUAUUGAAAGAAAGAAGAAGGAUAGAUCUUCAACCAGAUGCAUGUAAUACGCAGAUGGGGAACUCAGUGAUCAAGGUGAUGGAGAAGACCCUGGGCCAGGGAUUUUUAGUUGUUAUUACAACAAGCCUGUUAAGCAUCAUAGAAUACAGCGCUUCCGAGACGUGGAUUCAGAGUGUGAACAGCCACUUUGUACUGGUUAUGAUCCCUGAGACUUGCCAAGAACUCUCGGAAGCUUCUGGUCACUUCCUCAGCAACGACUGUACCUAG